AUGGCGGGGAACUCGGAGCGCCCGCCGGAGCAGAAGGAAGGUGAAGAAGAGAAGGAGAAAGAGGAGAGGCAAGCUGUGGCUACAGGGACAGCCUCAGGCCCGGCCUCGUCCCCUGGCCCCGCGGAGGACUUCCGGGUGCGCUGCGCGUCGCAGAAGGCUGUGGCCGACGUGCUGAAGAUGUGCGGCCGCUUCAUCCAGGAGCUGGGGGCCGUCCUGCCCGAGCAGUGCAGAGAGCCGGCGCUCAAGGACGCACAGUGGAAUUUUGUAACUGCUGUUCAAGAGAAUGUUAGUUUCAAUGGGGAGGCGUGGCAGGAAACUUCAGAUAAAGAAAUUCCUAUAGAUCCUAAGAUCAGAAUUCUUGAAGAUCAGUUUGAUGAAGUUAUAGUAGAUACAGCUACAAAACGUAAGCAGUAUCCUAGAAAGAUUGCUGAAUGUGUCAUCAAAACCAUGAAAGCGCAACAUGAAAUUUUGAAGCACUACCGGCCUGUUGUACAUCCAGAGGAGAUAAAAUCUGAUGCCAAACAAGAAUCUCACAUGGAAAAUUUGAAAUGCAGAGGAGAAACAGCUACCAAGCAGAUUACUGAAGUAAUGAAGUCCUUGCCAGUGUUGAUUGAGCAAGCAGAUGGGUUCUCCAAAGUUCUAACGAUGCAGCCCAUUCUACAACUUCAGAGGCUCCACCAAGAAGUUUUUUCUGGCAGCCACACGAAAGAAGCCGUAAAACCUGAGAGCUUUGUAACACAGAUAGAAACCACCCCAACAGAGACUGAUGCCAGGAAAACCACUAACAUAGUACUGAAGAGGAAAAGACCUAAAAACUCUCCACAGAGAAAACAGUAUCCAUUGCUUCAAAUGGGAAUUGAUUCAUGAGAUGUUCCUGUUUGUCUCAGAAGUGGUAAAAGGACUUUAUCUGUAGCGUUAAGCAUGGCUGGAGCUUUAUGUAGAAUAGGAAAUAAAUUAAUUUCUUCAACCAGUCAUGCAUUAAGCAAACGUCAUAGCUGUAUAAUCAGCCAAUAAAUGUGAUAUAAUGUAUAUAUUUCUUAAUUUACCGUUUCAUCCGCAAUAAGAUAAAAAUUUAUUUUGUUUGAGUUGGGGUUUGAUGGCCAUUAGUAGGCCGUGAUGGUGCAAAUGUUUUGUAUGCUCAGGUACCAUCACUUUUUUGUUGUCAUGGUCACUUUUAUGGAAUUUCAUGGUUGAGGUAAACUUAUGCUUCCAUGAAUUAUUUCUUUUUAUAAAGAUAGCUUAACAACAAUUUACUUAUUUAACCUACUAAAAAGAAAUCAUCAGUUAUGAGCCAUAUGUAAUUUUGAUGUUACAAA